GACCUGCGGCACAGUUGAAUGUGAAGUGGUGAACUGAAUCUGUGAACGGUUGCCGUUUGGCCGGCGGCCGCUUUCGCUUUGACGCUUUGGCGGUGAUGGCAUGUACAGCAUGCACAGCAAACCGAGGGAUGCUCAGAAGAUUCGGUGAUGCAGGAGGACCUGUAGUGUUGCAACAUUACUGACUAAUAUUCAUUUGAUUGCUGGAAGAUUAUCGAAACCUUGAAAAGAUGAAAUACAGUCGAUGGACCAACCUGCGGGUCACUAAGGUGGAGGAGGCAGGCACACUAUGGGUGAGGGAGGUGCCUUCUCAUUCCUGCUCAGAGGAAUUGAGUUGUUUCCUGGAGCUUGAAAAACAACUGAAUGAACAUUUCAGGAACAAGUGGCCGCAAGACAGACAACAUUUUAUGUUACUCAAAAUUGGAAAUCCUGUCAUGGUCUAUCACCAAGAAUUCUGGGCACGAGGACGAAUGGAAGGUAUCCCUGCUGUCAAGACAGAGAAGUUCCUGGUGUUCCUCCUUGAUUAUGGAUACACCGUUAAAGAAGAGCUUAUUAAUAUUGUGCCUGUAAACUUUGGAGAUUGGACAAGUGUCCCUUACCAGGCCAAAAAGGUUUGUCUGGUGGAUGUUAUUCCAGUGUCUCUUCAAUAUUCAUAUGAAGAGGAGAUAAGUCUUAUUUUGAAAAAGUCAAAAUACUGGGAUCCAGCUGCUACAAGAUUUGUUGAGGCAAUAUUUGCAAAGUUGCCAAAAACUGAGUUUGAACCAGUUACUCUCAAUCAAGAAGGUUAUUUUUGUGGUAAGCUGACAUUGAACCUCUCUGAAGGUGAAUGUUCCAGGAUUGCUCUUUUACCUAAAGUAUUAGCAAAUACCCAGUUCAAGCUGUCACAAAACUAUAUAAUGGUGGACCUUGCACAGUUACUCAUUGAUAAGGGUUAUGCAGUGCCACUGACUGAGAGAGGAGUAUACACAGGAAGUGGUGAGCAGUCAGAAUAUUACAAGCCUGAUGCAGAAGUCAAGCCGGGAAGGUCUGUAGGCAGUGAUCUUUCCAGGAUGUUUGACAUAGAGGAGAUUGACAGUCUGAGCAGUGAGACAUUAGUUACCUCCUCCGUCAGGAAGUGCCAGCAGCCUUCAGGACAAAGUGAACUGUCUUGCAUAGAGCCAUCACUGUCCCAAGACUCUAAAAUGAAAACUACCCCUGCAAAUACUGUGAUGUUCAGGUCAUCAGAAGAAGUUCAAAUAAAAUUUGCAUGUGGCAGUUCAGCAUCAAAUGAUGUAAAAGAAAUUAUUCCUCAGUAUUUGCAAUACAGUGGUUUGAAAAAAUGCCUUGAAAAUUGUAUUUCAGAGGACACAUGUUCAGUUCUUUGGAAAUCACCGAAACAUUCUCAUGAUAGCAGCAUCCCUAACUGGUUUACCAGAGACAAAGAUGCAAAUAUGUUAGAUACAAUGGAAAGCUGUAGUAGUGUAUCAGGCAGUAAUGCACAGCAUGCAACAUGCCUAUGGGAUGCCUUUGUACCUGAACAGUUGGAGAAUGAUGUACCAGUCAUCUCACAAGAGCAUCUAUGCUCUUCCCCUUAUGUUGAUAAAGUUUCAGGAAUCCAAAGCAAGCUGCAGAAAGAAAUGACAGCACCCAAUUAUGAAUCUGUUACUCAUCUCUGUGGCUCCCUAAAUGACACAUCAGACAUUGAUCCUAUAUAUUGUGAAGCAGACUCAUCCAAAUCAUUCUGCAUGGAAGAGCAUGAGCAGUUAACCUCAACUUCCAGGUCUUCUUGCAAAGGAUAUACAGGUUCAAGUGACAUCUUUAUAGAUCCUCCUAUGAAAUCAUUGGAAUUCAUGAAGGAAUAUGAUAAUUUUGCACAUAUCAAUGUGAAAUCAGUAGGUGUCUUUCCCGUGCAGGAACCUUAUAUUUCACAGCCUUUGGAUGAAGAAGAAAUGCCUACCAAGAAUGUGAGAAGUAUUUCAGAGCUUUGUGUGAUCAAUGAAAAAAACUCGUUGGACAAAAACCAAGUAGGGAGAAGUCAUAUUAACACAAGAAUUGUGUUGGAUAAUGAAGGUCUUGGGAUAAACCAGUGUACUUCUGUCCUGAAUGAGGGACUUUGCAGCAUUAGUACACAGAAGUAUGAGGAGUCUGAAGCACCAAACAUUGCCAAAUUGUAUAGAGUGUUUGUUGCAGGGGAACAAUGCAUAUUAGAUGAAGAAGUUAUGAUUAAUAAGGAAAUGAUGCACUCAGUUCUUAAUAGUUGCAUAGUAAAUGUUCUCCAGGAAAAGAGACUGAAAGCUACUCGUCUUCAGGCAUACACUUGGCCAGUCAUUGCCAAGGGCAACUCGGUGGUUAUUGUUGGUGAAAAGAAUUGUGGUAAGACAAUGGGUUAUGUUGUACCCUUGCUGUCUAAUGUUUUAGACUCUUGGAAACUCAUCAGUGAGAGGCUUUCUCCAGGUAUUGGUCCUGUGAUGGUGGUGGUGUGCAGUACAUGGAGGAAUGUAAAACGCGUUGCAGAUUAUAUUGUCAGUCUCCUGCCUGUCGGCAUAUCCUUCAAGAUAAUGACAGCUUGGGGAGGCUGUGGCACAGAGGAGGAGGUGAGCACUGGCAGGCAGCUUCUCAGUGGGUGUGACAUCCUCCUCACCACAGCACCCUACCUCCUGCGCUUGCUAAUGGGCAGGCAGCAGGGGGCAGCAACCACUCUUAAGAGAUGCUGCCAUCUAGUAUUUGAUGAUGCAGAAGUCAUACUGCAAAAUUUUUCUUUGGAAGUAAAAAGUAUUCUUACAAUUUGGGGUGAGGAGCGAAGGAAAUGUGGCCGCCCAGACUUAGAUCUGCAGGCUGUGCUGGUGAGCUCAAGGUGGACAGAACUGCUUUACCAGCUAACAGAAAUCUUGUUUCCUCUUCUAGAUCCAUUAGUAGUAAUCUCGGCACCAUGUGAAGCAGCAAUUGCUACCAGAGUAGCAAGUCACAUUCAUAUUGUGUCUAAUGAAAGUGAGGCUCUCAGCCUAGUAAUGAAGCUUAUACAUGCUUCCUAUGUUUACAAAAGAAAGAUGGUUUUUGUCAGUAAUGAUGCUUCAGCAGAGUUACUGGAGUCAUUCAUGAAUAAUGCAGGUAUGUCAUGUGCUAUUGCAAGCAGCACAACACAUAUGUGGAAGGUACAGCAACUUGUACAUAAGUGGCACAUAAUGCAAAAUAUGACGUUGAUUGUGAGUCAUGGGGCAGAGAUUACACUUCUACGGCAUGACCUUACUAAUGCUGAGGUGCUUUUCCAUACACACCUGGGUUUCUCAUUAACAACAUUUAGUUACAGGUACAGUUUCAUGUUUGCCAACUUUGUUACAGACUUAUCUAAAAAAUCAUCCAAUUGUGAAUCACAUGUGAUUUUGUCAGAAUUCACUCUUGAAAAGCUUCCAGGAGUACAAGAAGAGCUAUAUAGAAUUUGUGGUUUUCCUAAAGCUACCAAAGCUACUGCAGCUCUUGUAUGUUAUAGAAAUAACACUAAAUACAUGGCUUUGUGUUACUACCUCAAGGCCUAUGGGAGAUGCAACAGACCUGUGUGUGGCUUUAGACAUGAAGUGCAAAUGCUUGACAUACCUCAAAAUAUACCAAGAUCUGGAGAGGUUACAUUUAAGGUCAUAAAUACCUUAAGUGCUUCAAGAUAUCUUGUGCAUAUCAUGCAGUACAGAGAACAAGCAAAGUCCCAGUGUGUUGAUCUCUCCAAUUCUUAUUCUGUUUUACAAAUAGCUCUACAAAAUCACUUUACAAGUAGAGCCCAUUGUGAAUUUCUAAGGAGUGCUGAACCGGGAAUGCUGUGUGCUGUUCAAGAUGAAGGCAUUUGGACCAGAGCACAGAUUGUUUCUGUGAAUCGUAAGGAAUCAGCAACACUGAUAAAUGCAUUUCUUGUUGAUGAAGGAAAGCAAGUGACUAUUAACUUAGAAUCGGUCUUGGUUCUCCCUUCCUAUUUGGCUGCAGUUCCACACCUAGCUGUUGAAGUGUUGUUGUGUCAUGUUCAGCCCAUGGAUCUUGACACUGACUGGACCCUUCAGGCAUCAACUUUUGUUUACAACAUUUUUGCCAAGAGGAAGGAUAGCAAAUUUAUUGGUAGGAUUGUCCUUGCAUUGGGUUCUACCUUGUGGCUAAAUCCAGUUGCAGAAUUCAUCAAAAUAGACAAAAAAUUUGUACAAAAGAAAACAUUGAGAGAAAAGCUAAUAUCAGAAAAAUUUGGUGUGGACAAUCCUGCUCACAUGAAAAACCUUCACCACCUUUGUGCCAAGGCGGGUGUAUCAUUGGAGACAGAGGCAGUGUGUGGCCAGGCCUGGAGAAAAAACCUGACUGAGGCCCUUGAGACUCUGCAAAAUGAGAGUUGAGGGUUUAGUUAUUUGUCCCGACUUGACUGGGACUUAAUACGGCAGCUAGUUCCUCCUGCUGCAAGCUUAACCCAAGCUAAAGCAGUAAAGGCCUAAACCUUAACCUGAACUUAGCUGUUUAGAAGUGGUCUGGUGGAGGUAGUGCUGGGUCGCAGUGGUGCUACAUGGUGUUGAGUGUUGAGUGCUUGAGAGAUGGUGUGUGAGCCUCAUUUGUCCAUCUACUUUUAUAGCCUUAAACAAAUGAGGUAUGGCAUGCACCACUAUCUCAGUGGGUGCUAGUUUCUCCAGUUGUGCUUUAUUCUUAAAGUACGAGUAAUGGCCCAUAAUUUGGUAAAUACAAAUAUACACUAUCAUACUAUGCAUUAGUUAUGAUAAUAUAUUUUUAGUUCAUAUAAUUAUGUAUGUGAGUGAUAGGUGGAAAGAGGUAGGUAUGUUCAUACAGGGUCUGCCACGUGUAGGCCUGAUGGCCUCAUGCAGCUUCCCUCAUUUUCUUACGUUCUUUAUGUUCUCAUAUUAUUUUCAUUGCAACUAAAGAGAUAUCAUGGCUAAUACUGUUAAAAAAUCCUUCAUUUAUAGUUUUAAGGCCGAUUUACACUGGAGACAAUGCACAUGACGCACAAGGCAUGAAGCUGCAUGGCUCAGAAUCGUCUCAGUGUAUUUCUAAUAGGAGUGUUCAUACUGGAUGCAAAACUUUGGGACAGAUGCCACCCACACCGCGCACACUGACUCCAAGAUCGCCUGCCUUUUUCUGGCCAUAGUAUCGAUGGGUCAUGCCCCUUGGGACUCCCGUCUUUGUGGUUUCGUCUCCAGAGGCAUACCUUUUUUUUACCGCACUGACCUGACUCCUAAACUCUCCCUCACUCACUGUCCUUCACCGUGAACUGAUGGAUGUCCUGUAGUUGGUGCCUUGCUUCUUAAUAUCUUGUUCAUUGAAUGAUAUAACUUCAGAGAACUGAGCUGGAGUCAGUCUGAAAUACUAUCCAGGUUUCUCUCAUCCAUUUCUAGCUCUUGAACAAGAUGAUGAUAUUCACCACAUUUCAGUCAUUUCAUAUUUGCUUGAUAUACCCAAUUCUUUUUCCUCUUAUUAUUCAAGGCUAAAGAUAGCAUUAAUAACUCCUCUUCCUCCACCUCCUCCUCCUCCAUGUCAAGAACUGUCAAGUCAACUAGCUUCCACCACAGCGAAUGUCUCGUCUAACAUUGCGCCCAGUGUGAACAUACCCAUAGCAACCAAAGUCAUCCCGACUCUUGUGCAUCAUGCAUCAUGUGCGUCAUCAUCGGUGUGAAACAGCCUUUUAGCCAAACAGAAUAGGCUGUUCAGACUUGAGUAGUAAGAGGCAGGGAGUGUGUUCAUGGAUGACAUGAUGUGGCUUUUUUUUUAUUAGUUAUAAUAGAACGAGUAUGCCAAAAAUGUAUACCAUUAGUAAUUAGGCAUGUAGACCCAAAGGGACAAACCUGCCAAAACAUAGCCUUUGACAAGGUAAAGCAAAUGCGAGGUAGUUUCAGCUCUCACCUGCUGCGCAGGUUAUUAGGACGUGACAUUUAGGAUGUGGAAUUAAAAGAAAACGGAGAUGACCUGCACUAUAAACUACUGUAUUUUUAGAUGCGUAGCAUCUCUAGUGGAGGUUGUGUCAGGCAGUGCAGUGAUAGGCCUAUUCUUGGUAACACUACAUAUUUUCAGCCAUUUUUUCCUCAAUUCUUCUUUGGGUAAAUUAUGAAAACGUAGGGCAGUUCCUUUCCUAUGCGUAGUAGACUUGCAUCCACAAACAAUGCAAGAAGUGGGUAUUUUUUGUAAAAAAAGUCACAGCUUCAAGGCUAAUGCACUCACCACCACAGGCUGUUUACAAUUGACUGAACAUCAGGUCAGAGACCAGCUGUCUCUUCCUAAAUGUGACAUUACUGCCAUCCCAUUUUGUGCUCCAGUCUCUCUUACCUGAGACUAUCUUGUAUUCUCUACCUUGGUUUUUGAGAUAUGAACCUGUAAAGUUUAACAAUUUAGUAUUUAUUUGCAAAACAUCAGGGUAUUAAGCCAUCUAUAUUUCCACUGCAUUGUCAAAUUUCACUUGGCAACCUAUACCAAGUUAUGGAGAAGAGUCACACCAACUUAUGCCAAGUUAUAAAUAGGGUCACACCUAUCUCAUUCUACCCCUAACUAAAAGAAAUUGAAAUGGCACAUUCGCCCCUUUGGUUCUACACACCUCAUGUGUAGGGUAAUGUGGGGCAUAUCUUACUACUAUUAGUGGGAAAAUUAUCUGAAAAAUCAGUUUUAAAUCUUGAAGGUAAGACUGUGAGUCAGAAAUAUCUGUCAAUUAGGGAAUGACCUAUUUCCAACACAGAGCUCAAUUUUGUAGUAGGGAACAAAAUAGGUACUUUUUUUUCUGCUAUUCAACAAAAAUGUCCAUUUUUAUGAAUUGGCCCAAUAGGAGAGGUGAUUUAUAAAAGCUAUUUUCACCCCCCAAAUUAAUUUCAGAUUACAAUGAAUUAUAUAAUGAUGUCUUAGAUUGAGUAAACACAUUAUAUAAAGUGUUUUAUUAAUGAAAAAACAAGAGUAAAAGAAUAUACUUUGAGAUAAGACUGCCUUAUCUUGGCAGCCCGUAUUACAUGUUAGAAGUGAAAUUUUGCUGCAUGAAGGAUAACAAAGGUGCACCUUAUAUCAUGGUAGUAUCAAAACAGUUGAAAAAUAGAGCUGGUUGUCAAUAUUGUCUGUCAUUACUUAAUGUUAUUUUAAAUGAGGACAAGGAAUAACUUAGCAUGACUGUGGUGUGUAUCAUAGAUAGUCAAUUCCCUGAAGGAUAUCUCUGAUCCAUAUUUUUCUGUAGUAUUUUUCUAUUAAUAAAACUAUACCCCCCUACCCACAUCUCCCUAACUAUUUUUUUUUGCCAACAUUUCUGGUACUACUUGCAUUUUUUCCUGAAUUAAUAUGCAAGUUAUUAUCUUAUUUGUACAUAAAAACAAAAUAUGUAAGAAAUUUGUGUACACAACACCCCACCAAGUGUUGUGUGGAAAUCCUCCAUCCUAGCCCUGUUGUCUUUUAUAUAGUUCCUGUUUGGUACAAGACCAAGGAUCAAGAAUGGAUUAAGCAUGUAUACUUUUUUUUUAUGUAAGAAGGGAGGCUGGCCAAGGGCAACAAAAAAAAAAAAAAAGGCCCACUUAGUUGCCAGUACAUAUAAGAGGUGCCACUGUACCUCUGAUAUGUAUUAUACUUGUUUUAUGUGGAAUACUUUCUUUAACCACACCACUUUUUGUUGUUAAUUGCACUUUGCAUAAUUUUGUUAAGAUAUCAUAGAUGUUAUCUAACAUGUAAAAAGGAAUAAGCUUUGAAAUUAUGAAUUUUUGCUAAAUGUAAUGGUUUUGAUUAGUUUAACUUAGUGUGGGGCUCUCUAACUUGUCCUUUUUUUCUUUUGUGUGUGUGUGUGUGUGUGUGUGGAAAUGAGAAAAAAAAAAAUUGUAUUGUAAUUCUUUCCAUGAUUUACCUUGUCAGCAUCUUUGGAUUAAUUGCCUGUUGGCUGUAACAGGGUGCCAUGAAUUAAAGUUAUUUGAUAUCAA